CACACGAGUGAGUCUCAAAUUUAUAGCAGGACCAAGUCACUCCUCAUUUCUGUUCCGUGGAUGUAUAAAAGAAACCCCCUUCCUCUCUAUUAACAAGAGAACAGUAGCAAAAACAGAGAAAAAACCAAGACAGACACACAAGAGAAAAGGAGAAAAAAAUCAAAUCUUGUUAUGGUUUUCAGUUCAAGAAAUUCUAGAAUGAAUGGGAAAGAUCAUGUUCCUCUACAAUAAUAAUGCUUUGUUUGUUGUAGCAGACUAGGGUUUUGAUUCAAGAACACAGCAGGAAAUGAGCUCUCCUUCAAGUGAUUGGAGUUGUGGAUUGGAAAAUUUGUUCUUUUCGCAAAUUGAGGUCGCAUAUAGUGGUAUUGUUGAGCAUUGCUUGAUUUUGGGCAUGGAUGAAGAUUGCACGUUUAGGAUUGUUUGGCAGUGAACAAGAAUUGUUUCUUCUUCUGUAUUGGAAGGUAAAGGUUCCUGGGUUUAGCUGUUUUGAGCUUGAUCUUGAACUUGGGAAUGAUUUGUGUAUUACGGUUUGGCUUUAAGGGAAAGGAGGUGAUGGUUCUUUGUUGGAACAGGAAUCAACACAGAAGUUCAGAUUGUAGUGGACAAUUUUUAUUUCUCAAGGAACCUUUUGGUUUGACAUAAUUUGAGUAAAGUUCUUUAUCAAGAAGGAAAACUUCUCAAAGUUAUUGCAACAAGUUUUCGUUGGACUAUUGCAGUAUAGUGUACUAUAAUAGCAGAUUCGAUCGAGUGGAUUAGUUUUGAGUUUUAUUAUUGAAGUUAACAUAUUUUGAAUGAUGAAGUACUGUAUUGAAACUAAUUUCCAGUGAAUUCUGUCUCACCGGAGUGUGCAUUACGGUGAAAGGGAUUGGUGGGUUUGGAACCUGUGGCUAUUGGAUGUGAUAUAUAAGUUCACGGAGAAGUGUUGAAGCUGGAAAUGAAUUUGGGGACAUGUUGCAUGGACAGGAGCAUGGUUACCGGUCCAUUCCCUUUACAGAACUGGGCUGCUUGAAAGUAAUUCAAUCAUUUUCUUCCUUGAAAGGCGUUGUUGUUUUGUGUUUUGGGAUUCUGUUCAAUGUCGCGUUGCUUUCCAUUUCCACCACCAGGAUAUGAAAGGAAGAUCAGGAGUGAUGAUGUUGACCUACUAAAAAAGGCACACAUGGGCUGCCUUGCAUUCUGCUCUGUUUCUUGGAUAAUGCUUAGGGCAGGCCUCUACAUCAAAGUCUUGAUUUGUCUUGAGGACAGGGUGAAUAAGCACAAGGAGAAGAAAGAUAAGGAGAGAAGAGAAGACAAAGAAAAGAGGGAGAAAGAUAGGAGUGAUGGAAAGCAGAGGAACAAGAAAGACAGAAAGGAAAAGCAUAGAGAGAAAAAGGAGAAGGAUAGAGAUAAGGAUAAAGACAAAAGUAGCGCCUCAGAUGAAAAUAGACUUGCAGGACAAACUAAGCUUCACAAUGGAGGAGAUAAAACCUCAGAUGAAAGAAAAUUCCCUGGGCAAUCUAAGCAUGUCGUUGGAGAUAAAGCCUUGGAUGGAAGGAGACUUCAAGAGAAAUCUGAGGGUAAUGGAGGAGAGACAUGUACUCAGAAGGGGAAGGAAAGGGAUGUAGAUAAGUAUAGUAUCUCUGGUGAAAACAAAUUUUCUGGGCAAUUUUCAGGUUACAAUGGACAGAAACUAAUUCAGAACAACAGUAAUUUGUCUCACUAUCCUAAGGAUUCUAAAUUUGCACAGCAACUGGGCAAGAGAGCCAGAGAUGAAGACCAAAACCAGUUCUUUGAGAAGUUCCCUGGUACAGAUGCAAAAAAGGACAAGGGAAUGGUCAGACUGGUGGCAAAAACCUCUUGCAGUUGGGUUGAAGGAAAAGAAAAGAACAAGACAGUUGAUGAUAGAAAGUUGGAUGGGCAAGGAAUCAAGGAUGAGGCAAGAUUUACUGGUAGUGCUCAAAGCCUUUCUGCAACAUUUCAGGCUAGGAUUGAUGGAAUGCUUAGACCACUGGAGAAAGACAUUGAGAAGAAGAUGAAAGGGAAAGAUAAGACCAAACAAAAGGAAACGAAUGAUAAAAACGAGGAUCAAUGCAAGGAUAAAGAGAAAAAGGGCAAAGAGAAGGAUAAAGUCAGGGAUAAGGAGAAGAAAAAGGAGGAGAAAGAAAAGGAGAAAAGGGAACGUAAGAAAAAAGAGCCGGAUAAAUUGAAGGAAAGCAAUAUGUCUAACAUUGUAGGUAACCAUACUGUAAAAGCCUCCCAUCUUUCCAAGGAGAGCUCUAAUAGUGCUGUUGAAGUAAAUAUCAAGAAACGAAAGGACUCGGACACAAAUGGAUUUUUGCAUGCUAAUGAUGUUAAGCCCAAUAAGUUGCCAAGACCUACUUCCUUGCCUCAAUCUGCUGAGAAUGGAAGAAUGUUGGGAACUUGCGAAAAUCCCACUGCAGCUAUACAAGUUAAGCAGGAGGCUGUCAAUAUGGAUAAGAAGGAUAAUAAAGGACACAAGAUAAAUGGUUUGAUAGAAGCUCAAGCUCCGUCCAUCUCCUCAACAACUCAUCCUCUAUCAAUCUCUUUAACGAAGUCUUUAACAAAUCCAUCACAUUCUACUGCUCAAACUGAUGAAAUAGCUGAGGUGUCUAGGAAACAACCCCAUCCUGAUUCCAAGUAUCUGCCUGAUGUGCUUACAGUACCCAAAAUGGAACACUGGUCUGACUUUGAGGACCAAGAAUGGCUAUUUCAGAGUACUUAUUCCCAAACAAAGAAGCCCCAGGUUGAGGUUUCAGUGGUCAAUGAGAAACGAGAGGUGUGGUCAGAAGCUCUGCAGAUUGAAGCGGCUGAUGUUUAUGCACUGCCAUACGUUAUUCCAUAUUGAUGAUUUGUGCAGUUGGACAUGGUUGGCCAUCCUCAGCGUCUAAAGUGAUGGACCCUCCAUAGGACCACAGAGGAGAGGUAUAGCAGCCUCCGGGCCUUGGGUUGGCUAUUUGAUUCUCAACUGCCUCAGUUUCGAGACGGUGGUGAUGUGUGUUCUUUAACUGCCUGAGUUUUGAAAAGGUGGAAAAUGCAAAUGAUCUCGGACCCUUCAUUGUAUACUAGGUUGAGCAGAGAUACAAGGGUAUUGCUGAAGGGCAGAAACCCUGCGGGUCUGCUUGGAAGAGAUGCAUAAGCGUGUGCAAUUUUAUUUUAUUUAUUUGCCUAAAGCCUAGCUCUUUUAAGUUGAAAAUGUAGAAGGAAAAGGCUGUGGUCUUGGCAACUCCACAAAAAUUUUGAGAUGUAACAUACAAGGCUUAUUUACAGAAAAUGUAAGAUAGAAGAAAAGUUAGCAUUCAUUGAAUGACAACUUGUUACUGUUCAUGAUAUUUCAUUUUCAUCAUGUAACCUUCGGUUUUCUCCGAA